AUGCCUUAUGACCUGGGCAUCAGCACAGGUUUAAAGACCAUGCCUUAUGACCUGGGCAUCAGCACAGGUUUAAAGACAGUGGAUGUGGAGUUGCUUUUUCGCAAGCUUAAAGACAUGUAUAACGGGAAGAAAGAGAUCGGGCUUUAUUCGAGCUUCAGCGCAGGUUUAAAGACAGCCAUAAGAGGGGGAAGAGAACAUACUUUAUAUUUAGGGCCCGAGUCAAGCGAAUUUGGCGCAUAUCCAUUCUCAAGGAAUAGUUGCUUUGAGAAAGAAAGGAAAGAAAAUGAGAAGGAAAAGAUCAAGAUCAGCAGGGGGUAA